AGAUGCGGCCACCAGCUCUGUGUAGAUGGCAAUCCCUGGUAUUUUCAAGGAGCUAAUGCUUAUUGGCUUAUCGACUUUGUCCAGACGGACCGCGGCAUCGUUGACCGUUUCUUCGACUACUGCAACGAAUUUGGGCUCGAGGUUGUUCGUCUCUGGGCUUUCAAUCACAACAUGCCUUAUGCUUGGGGAAAGUAUGACGAGACCGAGUUUGAAGGUCUCGACUACAUCAUCGAUUCGGCUGGCAGGCACAACAUCAAGUUAAUCUUGACACUAGGCAACACGUGGACUGCAUAUCGCUCGCCUCAAGACUUCAUGAGGAUGGCUGGCAUCGACCCAGUUGGCAAGGAUCUGCUGGACUUUUACAACUCCCCCGAAGUGCUCCAUUUCUAUCGGGAUCACGUCUCCGCCAUUCUCUGGCGCAAGAACACCUUCAACGGACGCUUCUACCGGGACGACGAUGCCAUCAUGAUGUACGACGCGAUGAACGAGCCGCGCUGCCCCGGCUGCACCGACGCGAUCUCACAGAGUGCGCAACAGGCGUUUCUGCGGGCCGUGGCCUCGCACGUGCGCGACAAUGCUCCCAAUCAGCUUGUGGCCCUAGGUACCGAAGGCUACUUCCUAAAGUCCUACGAGAAUUACAACCCAGGUGCGGGUGCAAGGUGUGAGGGCGAGGAUUGGGCUACAUUGAGCAAGUUCGACUCCAUUGACGCGACGGUUGUACACGUGUACGAGCGCCAGAUGGAGUCCGUGCCGCCGACGUGGACGAAGUGCGACUUUGACUGCUUCUGCAAUUACAUGGUGCAGUAUUUGGGCGUCCAUCAGCGCAUCGCGGCCGAUGUCGGCAAGCCCCUCAUCAUGGAGGAGUACGGCCUCAUCCUGCCUGCUUACACGGCCGAGCAGCGGGUACUGCUUUUCCAGCUGGUUGCUGACAACUUACACUGGAUGAAGUCCACAGGAGGGCCCAUGGUUGGAGCUAUGUUCUGGAACGCCGCGAUCGGAAACGUCUGGGAUGAUGGAUACAAUGUCUACCUGGACGCCUCAAUCUACAAGCCCAAGCCAUCGCCUGUGUCCUCCACACCGGCGCUUAACUCCGUCCCCGCGGCCAUCAACGUCACUUCCCCAAGCACCGAGGCCGCAAGUACCUCGGCAAUAGACACCAAGCCCUCUACCGAAUCUGAGUCGGCGGCGCCAGAGCCCUCUCGCGCGCCCAUCUACGCCAACACCGAGACGCUGACCGACUUCUUGCGGGGCCCUCAGCGCGCUGCCUGCGCCGAGGACGCGGCGGGCUGGUGGCUUCCUACCUGGACGGCAGCCUGGAUGCAGACCGUAGACAUGGCUUCGUACAGGAGCCGCUGCCAGGAUCUCACAGUGCUGCAGGUCCUGCUCAGCUCCAAGGAUGCAUUAUACAAAACCUCAGUUUGA